AAAGCCAAGUGUUAUAAACAGUUACACUUUUUGAAGUCUCGAGAACCUGCCAUAUGGUGUUGCAAUAAUUAUAGAUUACGUUCAAUCGACCGUUCCAGUGUACUUGAAGCUUUGAAACAACGAUGUUUGUGUCACAGUGGUAUCAACUGAGGCAUUUUUGUUCUUGAAGCAUGCGUAAUAAGAAUAUAUGGAAUAUCAUGAGGAGCAUCUAAACAUUAAUUUUAUUUUAAUGUACUAAAUGUCUUUAAUAAACACGAAAAUUUAUAACCGCGCUGCAGUUAAAAUAUUUCUUCAUAUUUAAACUUUGUUCAAUUUGAAAAAUACAAUAUCGCGUUCUUAACAAUUAUUCUGUUGACUAGAAUGGUGGAUAGUAUUCAUCAAACUAACUGCAAUUUCUAGCAGCAGUGCUAGAAUUAUUUUCAUAUUCGGCGACCAAAGGAUACCAAGUGUUUCGAUAUCGUUGCUUUUGAUUUAGUCAACAUCAUAGUAUUUUCAUUGCUUAUAGUAAGUGUAUCUCUUGAUUUGACAUUUGGUUUCUACUUAAUUAUACUUACUUUAAGAAUAAAAGUAUGGCUGGAUAUGGACUAUAUGCCAAUACAAGUGAUAGUGCUCCGAACGAUUAUGAGAAGUCACAUUUUGAAGAAAACUACAUGGUUAAUGCCUUGAAAACAUUUGACAAAAUGUAUAAACCUGUACAUGGUUAUUUAGCCGUGACUAUAUGCGUGUUUGGUAUUACCGCCAACAUACUUAACAUUACAGUGCUCACACGGAAGGGUAUGAUAUCAUUUGUGCAUAUAUUUCUGACUGGACUGGCCAUUUCUGAUGGAAUAACUAUGGCGCUCUAUUGUCCUUUUCUGGUACAGAUGUAUCUGAUGCACGGUACUACAAAGAGUCCUGAUAGGAACACCGAGGGAGCUGUACGCUAUCAAGUGGUAUUUGCAGUUAUUAGCACAAUUGUUCAUUCCAUUUCAAUUUGGUUGACGGUAACGCUAGCUGUGUUUCGGUAUUUAUUUAUACGAUUCCCUAGAAUUGGAUUAAAGUACGGAAAUACGAAAUCAGCCUUAGCAGCUGAAGGUAUAGUCGUAAUUAUGGUGACCAUAAUAUGUAUACCAAACUCAAUUUUGUAUCAGAUGAAAAACACACAUGUGCCGCUGAAUGAGACUAGUAAUGAUACCAGUGCAUCCAUUUGGAGUAUUACCAAGAGAAAUGAUGUCAUCUUAGAAAAAGUCAAUUACUGGAUGCAUGCAAUAUUUACAAGGCUAUUACCAAGUUGCUUGUUGAUGAUAUUUAGCGUAUUUCUUAUCAUAACGAUGCGACAGGCUGACAAAAGACGCAACAACAUGACUUUGAAUAACACGUUUGCUCUGCGCAGCCGCAGAACAACUAAAAUGCUUCUUGCUGUUGUACUUUUAUCAGUAAUAGCAGAAACACCGCACGGGGUUUUACUUCUCCUAAGUGGCUUAAUUCCAGAUUUUUUCGCAAAUGUAUACGUACCAUUGGGAGACAUGAUUGACAUUCUUACCUUAAUCAAUGAUGGGGUGAACUUUGUACUUUACUGCACCAUGAGCAAACAAUUUCGGAAGAAAUUUCUAUCAUUGUUCUGCAGAUGUGCAAACAGACACAGUUAGCAUUAAGUGCAGCGCACUUGUUAUGAAAGAGAAUCUGCGAACCACUUAAGGAAACAACCACCUAAAUUAAUGAAAUAAUUUCAGCUAAAACGGUGAUAAGGUUUGGAGAUGAAUAACUCAUACUUUUAUUUGCUGUAUGUGUUUAACAAGAAAGUAUGUUUGCAGUCGUAUUCCGUUGAAGUCAAAUCUGUACUGACACCAGUUAAUAAGGCGGACGUGUAUGUCUGAGUGUGCCUUAUUACAGACCUCGAAGUCUGCUAAAAUAGUUUGACAAAGUGCUUUUUGUUUUCCAGCAACAUAUAAAUCUUUAUGUUUUGAAAGACCGCAAUUUUGCGAAAAGCUGUAUGUUCCAAAAAUAGACACCUAUCAUGUUCAGAAAUCCUACUCCUACUGGGAACCUAUAUGAAUAGAUCUACUUGAUACCCAUCUUUCUAACAACCUGAUAGCCAUCUUUCUAACAACUUUAUAACCAUCUCUCUAACAACUUUAUAGCUAUUCCUCUAUCAACUUUAUAGCCAUCUUUCUAACAACCUGAUAGCCAUCUCUCUAACAACUUGAUAGCCAUCUCUCUAACAACCUGAUAGCCAUCUCUCUAACAACUUGACAGCCAUCUCUCUAACAACCUGAUAGCCAUCUCUCUAACAACUUGACAGCCAUCUCUCUAACAACCUGAUAGCCAUCUCUCUAACAACUUGAUAGCCAUCUCUCUAACAACUUGAUAGCCAUCUCUCUAUCAACUUUAAGGUGGUAAAUUGUAAGUUUUGAAUUUGUUCAAAAUAUACACGUUUAUCUUAUUUAUAUUCACUGAAAACCUUUUACCUGUAAGAUAUUACCAGGAUGCAUUUCAUUAUUAUCUGCUUAUCUGAUGACCAAUCCAUUUUGCUAGCAAAGCUUUAUAUUGUCAAGAUAGAACACGUAACAGACUACAUAAAGGGGGAUGUUGCUCUAAUGCUAUUUAAGGCCAAUUAAAGUACAGUAGUCUAACUCAUUUUUGCUUAUUAGAACGAUUAAUCAAUAUAGGCAACAACAAGAGGGCCAUCAAGGCCCUGUAUCGCUCACCUGACCUAUUGACCUAAAGAUCAUCAAGAUUAAUAUUUUGACCAAGUUUCAUUAAGAUAUGGUCAUAAAUGUGGUCUCUAAAGUGUUGACUAACAUUUCCUUUUAUUUGACCCGGUGACCUAGUUUUUGACUCCGCAUAACCUAGAUUCAAACUGGACCUAAAGAUGAUCAAGAUUAACAUUCUGACUAAGUUUCAUGAAGAUACAGUCAUAAAUGUGGCCUCUAGAGUGUUAACAAGCUUUUCCUUUGAUUUGACCUAGUGACCUAGUUUUUAACGCUCCCUAAUCCAUAUUUGAGCUUGACCUA